GACUGGGAUGGGGGGCACUGUGAAGGACUGGGAGGGACUUGUGGAGAUUACUGGGGUGCACUGGUUCAUGCUGGGAUGCACUGGAAAGCUUACUGGAGUUUGUACUGGUCUGUACUGGGGCCGGGAUUGGUGUGUUCUAGGGCACAGAUUGGUUUGUGUUGGCUUGUGGAGUUAUACUGGCUUAUACUGGUUCAUACUGGAGAGUGUUGUGUUGCGGAGGUUGCUGUUGUUGGUUUAUACUGGUUGGUACUGGCCUGUACUGGUCGGAGCUGCAGGAGUGCUCUGGGAUGUGUGCUGGGCUGCCCCGUGCUUUCUCCUGCCUGAUAACUGGUUCAUACUGGUUCCUGCUGUUCCAUAGUGGUCUGUACUCGUUCCUACUGCUCCACACUGCUGUAUACUGGUGCUUGCCAUUCCAUAGCGGUCCAUACUGGUUUAUACUGGUUGAUACUGGGCAAUGUGUCAAUUGGGGGCGCACAGGGAGGGGGCCGCUGGUGUGCCCAGUUGUUUUGCUGGUCCAUAUUGGUUUUUAUUGGUGUGUACUGGUAGUACUAGUUUGUACUGGUGUGCAGUGGCUUGUACUGGUUUUUACUGGCUCAGACUGGUUUAUAGUGGCUGGGGGUAGAUGCUGGUGGGGGUAUUGCCUUGUAGUGGUUUGUACUGGUUUGUAUUACUUCAGACUGGUUGAUACUGGGCAGUGUGGGAAUUGGGGGUGGAUGCUGGAGGGUGUGCUCUGGUAGUCCAUGUGGGCUUAUACUGGUCUGUAUUGGUUUGUACUGGUCUGCACUGGUCUAAACUGGUUUGCACUGGUUUGUACUGGUUGAUGUUGGACAGAAAGUCAGAACUUUGGGGGGGUACUGGGUGGUUGCUGCCCUACAGUGGUCUCUAGGGGUUUAGUACUGGUCUGUACUGGUGCAGACUGGUUUAUACUGGUGCAGACUGACUCGUACCGGUUGGUGUUGGCCAGAACGUCCCAACUGGGGGUGGACAUUGUGGGGUGCACUGGGAUGGGCAUUGCCCUGUGUGGGUCAGUGGGGGUUUCUCUUGGUCAGUACUGGUUUGUACUGGUUACUGGUCUGUACUGGGCAGAGGCACGGGAGUGCGUGAACUGCGGGGCCACAGCAACGCCCCUGUGGCGCCGAGAUGGCACCGGGCACUACCUGUGCAACGCCUGCGGGCUGUACCACCGGCUCAACGGGCACAACCGGCCCCUCAUCCGCCCCAAGAAGCGCCUGCUGGUGAGCAAACGUGCCGGCACCGUGUGCAGCAACUGCCAGACCAGCACCACGACCCUGUGGCGCCGCAGCCCCCGCGGGGACCCUGUCUGCAACGCCUGCGGGCUCUACUACAAACUGCACUGGGUGAGGGUGCAGCGCCCCAGAAUUGCCCCAGCACCACCCCACGACAUCCAAAACCCCCAAACCUUCCCAGAUUCUCAGCUCAGUGAGGGUAAGGGGGCCUGGGAGGGAAUUCUUGAGGGUCCCCCAGGGCUCCAUCACUGAAGGUGGGGGGGGGUGGGAUCUGUGGUGGGGGUCCAGAGCUCUCCCCCG